AGAAUUUUGAAACCUUAAAAAGUUAAAAUCUUAUAUAUCAUUCAAUGCGUUUUCAAAGUGGUAUUGUAUGCCUUGUCAUACAUAAAUAUGACCAAAGACUAUAGCGCUACGUAGUCAAACAAGUUUGUUUAUUUACAUCUAACAUGCCAAUUGGCUUGAGAUCUGUAAUAUUUGUCAACCUUAUCUCCAUUGUCAUCACCAAGGUGUCCUAGAUAAUCACGAAACUCUUUUUUCUUUUCUCUUAUAGAUAAGUGUUUUUCAAUUUAUAAGGAGCAGACAUUAGAAAACAAUACAUUUGACCACUCAAGAUGGAGCAAAUGAAGCCAUGCGCCGCAAACUCGCCGCCGUUGACGCCGAUAGGUUUCUUAGAGAGAGCCGCCACCGUUUACGGUGACUGUACCUCCAUCGUUUAUGGCAGCAACACCGUUUACACGUGGCGUGAAACAAACCUCCGUUGUCUCCGCGUGGCGUCUUCUCUGUCUUCAAUCGGAAUCGGCAGGUCUGACGUAGUCUCUGUUCUCUCUCCCAAUACUCCGGCUAUGUACGAGCUCCAGUUUGCUGUUCCCAUGUCCGGCGCAAUCCUCAACAACAUCAACACUCGCCUCGACGCACGCACCGUCUCUGUUCUUCUCCGUCACUGUGGAUCUAAGCUUCUCUUCGUCGACGUCUUCUCCGUUGAUCUUGCCGUUGAAGCGAUCUCGAUGAUGACGACUGAUCCGCCGAUUCUUGUCUUCAUCGCCGAUAAAGAAGAAGAAGGAGGAGAUGCUGACGUGGCGGAUCGUACCAAAUUCAGUUACACUUACGAUGAUCUGAUCCAUAGAGGUGAUCUGGAUUUUAAAUGGAUCCGACCCGAAAGCGAAUGGGAUCCGGUUGUGCUUAAUUACACUUCCGGUACGACUUCGGCUCCUAAAGGAGUCGUACACUGCCACAGAGGAAUUUUCGUAAUGUCAAUUGAUUCUUUAAUCGAUUGGACCGUACCGAAAAAUCCGGUUUACUUAUGGACUCUACCGAUAUUUCACGCUAACGGCUGGAGCUAUCCAUGGGGAAUCGCCGCCGUCGGAGGAACUAACGUCUGUUUGCGUAAAUUCGACGCGCCGUUAAUCUACCGUUUGAUCCGUGAUCACGGCGUCACACACAUGUGUGGAGCUCCGGUAGUGCUCAACAUGUUGUCGGCGACUAACGAAUUUCAGCCGUUAAAUCGUCCUGUCAACAUCUUAACCGCCGGUGCUCCGCCUCCAGCAGCCGUACUCCUCCGAGCAGAAUCAAUUGGAUUCGUGAUAAGUCACGGAUACGGGUUAACGGAAACCGCCGGAUUAAACGUGUCAUGCGCGUGGAAGCCACAGUGGAAUCGUUUACCGGCGAGCGAUCGAGCGAGGUUGAAAGCACGGCAAGGAGUGAGAACCGUCGGAUUUACUGAAAUCGACGUGGUGGAUCCUGAAUCAGGUAGGAGCGUUGAGAGAAACGGAGAAACCGUCGGAGAAAUAGUGAUGAGAGGAAGCUCGAUCAUGCUCGGUUACUUAAAAGAUCCGGUCGGAACAGAGAAAGCUUUAAAGAACGGGUGGUUUUACACCGGAGAUGUUGGUGUGAUUCAUUCCGAUGGUUAUCUAGAGAUUAAAGAUAGAUCGAAAGAUAUAAUUAUAACGGGAGGUGAAAAUGUGAGUAGUGUUGAGGUUGAAACGGUUUUGUAUACGAAUCCGGCGGUGAAUGAAGUGGCGGUGGUGGCGAGACCUGAUGUGUUUUGGGGAGAGACGCCGUGUGCGUUUGUUAGUUUGAAAAGUGGGUUGACUCAAAGACCGACGGAGGUGGAAAUGAUAGAGUAUUGUAGGAAGAAGAUGCCGAAAUAUAUGGUUCCUAAAACGGUGUCCUUUGUGGAUGAGCUGCCUAAAACUUCGACGGGGAAGGUUAUGAAGUUUGUACUUAGAGAGAUUGCGAAGAAGAUGGGUACGACGAGGUUGAGUCGGAUGUAAAAUUAGAACUUGCGAAUUUGAUAGAACAAAGGCUUAAAGUGUACUUUUGAUGUCUAAUAAACAAAUUAAAGUGUAUGAAAAUGACUUUCGUCAUGAGUUACGUUUUUUUCGUUGCCAUGUUGAGUUCCGCUCAAGAACUCGGCCAGAAAAAGCUGAAUGACCGUUUCCGUGGUUGAAGCCUAGUUUAUAUGGUGCACCCCAACAAUCAGCCUUAGCCAUAACUAACAAGUAUGAGAAUGUCUUAAGUCCAUUGUAGACCGUUUCAGUAUAGG